UACACGACGGACGUCGGGCGCAACGUCGAGUUUUACUACUUAUCGCACGGCCUAACAGCCGACUCCGAACGGGCCUCGCUCGCUGCCUAAUGACCCUCGGGUGAAACGGAGAACGACGAUAUCACGGGAAUACCGUUGUACAUUAAGAUUGUCUUUCCCCAACGUCGCCUCGAGCGGGGGAAACGAAGAAAUGCGAAAAUUUAUCGCGGAAAGUAUAAAGGCCAGGGAGAAUUGGGGACCGGUAUAAUCUGGGUGAGAGAGCCGCAUCGUCAACGCUAAAGAUACGGGAGAAGAAAGACCUUAUCUGUAAUCUUCGCCUUCCCUUCGUCCCAAAUAAAUAUACAGAUCAGCUGCGCGCAAUUUAUAGCGUCGAAGCUCUAAGCUCCAAGCUCUAAGCUCGUUAGAGCUUUAUCGAUAUCCUUAAACAACGCAGAAACGUUAAAUAAUAUCCGGACGGUACAUAUAUAUACAUAUAUAUCAAAGAGGAUUAUCUGAAAAUAACAAACUGUCAGUACAUGGCUCGAGUGUGGGCAGGUGACGCACUUGAAUUCUUAAAGAGCGCUUCGGGAACAAUUUGCUGGAUCGCGACGCCGCGCGCCGUGCCGCUAGUAAAGGAACAAAUGGGAGAAGCGUUCUCGAUUUCUCUCGCCUGGGGAAGAUCGAUACGAUCGUAAACGGUGUUUUAGCGUUUAUGGCCCGUCUUUAAUAUACUACGGUGAUCUGCUGAGUUGACGGUCCGUAAGUAGGUGAUAACGUCGAUGUUCACGUCGUAGGCAGUGUGUUCAAUUUUAACAGAAUGCGCGUGCACAACGAUCAGUCCUAACGGGACCUUGACACGUGCCCUUUCAUCGACUCGAGUGUCCGGAUAUUCCUAUUUCCUGCCACGCGAAGAUCGCCGAUAUAUUCUCCCAGAUCUAAAGCGUUCCAUGAAGGAAAUUCAAAACGAACGGAAUGAGUCAGUGCGUAACCAUACUCCGUGAAAGCAGCGAAAUGCAAUUUUGACAAAAAUGCGGUAUCACGCAGUCUGAGCGGAACACAAACGGAAAGACUUCGGGUCAAAGCCGCAGCGCGUGUGAGUGGUGCAUGUGAACGAAAUCAAGAGAGUUGUGUGCGUGAUCGUGUAUUGCUUGUUGGGCCUCUGCUGUGGCCGCGCUAAAACGAGAAAGGAGAGAUGGCGGAAAACAGCAGCCAUGUCGCACCGGAAGCCACCGUGAUUCAGUCCGACGAUGAAGAGCAACGAAAAGAGCUAUAUCCCAACACGGUGGAACGUAGGAACACUGCGGUGGAGAAUUGCGACGCAACAACCGUGAGAACGACGAAUGAGAAAGAAGAAGAGGAUGAUCAUCGGGUGGAGGCGAAAUCAAAUCGAGAGCAAGAAUUACAAAUACCGACGCAAAUACAGCAGACUGACACGCGAACUGACAGAAAAAUCGAUACGAGCCCGGAUCACAUAUCGGAUGUCACAUUCAGCAGUCAAAGGGUAUACAAGAAAACCUCGCCGAAUAAUAAAUUGACACUUUACUUAGCCAGCAGAGAUAUUAUCGUCAGUGAAGCCAUCAAUGACAACAAACUUCUAGGUGUCCUCUUAGUUGAUCCCGACUAUGUGCGCGAAAAGAAGGUAUUUGGUCAGGUGACGCUGACUUUCCGUUACGGAAGAGAGGACGAAGAAGUAAUGGGCUUGAAAUUUUGCAACGAGGCGAUGAUGUGUCUGGCCCAACUGUACCCAUCCUACGUGGGAGCUCAUCAUCUGGAAACUAAGAGCCCAUUACAGGAAGCACUUAUCAAAAGAUUAGGACCUAAUGCACACGCGUUCACCAUAGAAAUUCCCUCAUUCGCCCCACCAUCCGUGCAACUGGUACCAGCUAAAGAAUACAAUGGCCCACCUAUAGGUAACAGCUACGACGUCAGAGUUUACGUUGCGGAACGGGCGGACGAACGAUUGCAUCGUAAAACCACCGUCAGAAUGGGCAUUCGAGUGAUUCAGCGAGCCAAGAAGCCGCCCUUACCCUCGACGACUAUGUACAGUGUGCCUCUCUCUCAAGAACCAUCAACUGGCUCGAGAAUUCAAGAAUCCAAAACAAGAGUGGCGUUAGCGGAAAAUGAGAUCAUUGAGGACGAUGAGAACGUGGGACCACAUGCGGCAGUAGAAAAGCCAUUUUUAUUAAGUGACGGUCGUGUCAGAUUGGAAGCAGGGCUAGAUCAUUCAAUCUACGAGCACGGAGACUCAAUCAAUGUCCACGUCAAUGUUAGCAACAAUAGCAGCAAAUCAGUAAGGAGAAUAAAGGUAUUUGUCGUGCAACACGUGGACGUUUGUAUGUUCAGCAACGGCAAAUUCAAGAAUGUCGUGGCCCUUAUGUCCUCGCAAGAGGACUGUCCCCUGGGGCCAGGCGGUAAUUUGAGGAAGACUUACACUCUCAGGCUUGUUAAGGGCACGACUAAGAACUGGAUUGCCUUAGAGGACAGUUACACGAAAACCGGAGCGAGUCUGGCAUCGACGGUUACUAACCCUAGGAACAAACCUGAUGAUAGGAACGUUUAUACGAUUUACGUAUCUUAUUACGUGAAGGUCAAGCUGUUUAUUUCGGCGAUGGGCGGUGAAGUAUCGUUGAAGCUGCCUUUCACGCUUAUGCACAGUAACACGGAUCCGGACCUCGUGGGAUUCCCAUCCCCUAUCAAAGAAGCACCGAUGGAACUUGGAAAGAGCACGGAGAAAUCCGACAGCAGUAGUAGUCGCCGAAAUGAGGAAAACAAGCUUGAGGCCAUUAAGGAACAAGAAUCAACGGUGACCGACGUGGACCUAAUAGAACACUGCGAGGAGAGCGACAGCACCUGAGAGCGGGCGCAACGAGACGACGCGAUGUCGCGGCAGUAUGUUAGAAAAAACAGCGAUAUGAAACCCAUCAAGAAUUCGAAUCACAAGACCUGCAGACUCGGCAUCAGCAUUCAACGAGCUUGGUGCUGCUUCAGAAGAGCCUCUUAGUAAACGAAUAAAUGGAAAUCUCGUAGCAUCAGAUGACGAUUGACUGAUAGCGUCUUGCUUGAACCAUUGUUGUGAUUUCUCUCAUUUUCUCAUAAGAAAAUCAAUGCAACAAUUGCAUGAAAAAAAA